AAAAUAACGCAUACCACAGUAGUUUUAGGCAAGCUUUGUUUACAUGUCGCCUGAUACACUUCGUUGAGUUCAAAUACAUCUAUUUUGUUCGUCGCAGGGCUGAUAUUUGGAGAUGGCUUCAGGCUACCGAAAACCCAACACCAAUUCCAACCAGAGGAAAAAGGCAGGUCCUAAACCAGACUUGACAGAGGAACAAAAGCAGGAGAUCAGAGAGGCCUUUGACUUGUUUGAUACAGAUGGCUCAGGAACAAUUGACGUGAAGGAACUCAAGGUUGCCAUGCGUGCCCUUGGCUUUGAACCAAAGAAAGAAGAGAUCAAGAAGAUGAUAGCAGACAUCGACAAGGAGGGCUCUGGGACCAUUGAUUUUAAUGACUUUCUCUGUAUGAUGACGCAGAAAAUGAGUGAAAAAGACUCAAAAGAAGAAAUCCUAAAGGCUUUCCGCUUAUUUGAUGAUGACGGCACAGGAAAAAUUUCCUUCAAAAAUCUCAAGAGAGUUGCCAAGGAGCUAGGUGAAAACCUGACAGAUGAGGAAUUGCAGGAAAUGAUUGACGAAGCAGACCGAGAUGGAGAUGGAGAGAUCAACGAGCAGGAGUUUCUAAGGAUAAUGAAGAAGACAAGUCUAUAUUGAAUGUCUGAUGUUUCCCAAGGUUUAUCUUCCACUGCUGGAACAGUCUCACUUAGAUGCCUUUUGAUUGUUUUAAGGGUACUUUAUGAAAUAGCGUUUCGUGUUUUUUUUUUUUUUAUAUGGCUUGUAAAUUUAACAGAUCUAUACACAGAUUUUUGAAUAUUUUAGAUGGUUUUUUAAAUAUUUCAUAUUUUACUUAUCUUGACUAUUUUAAUUAAAUCAUAGUUAAAGUCUAA